UGGCGACCGCCUAGCAAAAGCCCCUCGGCCCGCUCUUCCGACCGGGGCCUGCCGGCCGGAGACCGACUGCCCCCUGCGCGCCCCGGGGACCCCGCGCCCUGCACGCCCCCGCUCGGCCGGCCCGUGCACCGGGCGGCCUCGACCUGCAGCUUCCCCAGGGCCUCGCGGUCGCCCGAGGCUGCAGCGGCGCCACCGGGUCGCGCGGAAGCCCCUCACCCGCACAGAGAUCUCUCGCAUGAUCAUGUCUUCCGUUAAGAUUGAGUGUGUUUUGCCAGAGAACUGCCGGUGCGGCGAAUCUCCCGUGUGGGAGGAGGCGUCCAACUCUCUGCUCUUCGUCGAUAUUCCGGCAAAAAAGGUUUGCCGGUGGGAUUCGCUCAGCAAGGGAGUGCAGCAAGUGACCGUGGAUGCCCCCGUCAGCUCUGUGGCCCUUCGCCUGUCAGGAGGCUACGUCGCCACCAUUGGAACAAAGUUCUGUGCUUUGAACUGGGAAGAUCAGUCGGUGGCUGUCCUGGCCACAGUAGAUAAAGAUAAGAAAAACAAUCGAUUCAAUGAUGGGAAGGUGGAUCCCGCUGGGAGAUACUUUGCUGGCACCAUGGCCGAGGAAACGGCCCCAGCAGUUCUGGAGGGGCACCAGGGCUCCCUGUACUCGCUCUUUCCUGACCACCACGUGGAAAAGUACUUUGACCAGGUGGACAUCUCCAAUGGUUUGGAUUGGUCCCUGGACCACAAAAUCUUCUAUUACAUUGACAGCCUGUCCUACUCCGUGGAUGCCUUUGACUACGACCUGCAGACAGGAAAGAUCUCCAACCGCAGAAGUGUGUAUAAGCUGGAGAAAGAGGAACAAAUUCCGGAUGGAAUGUGUAUUGAUGCUGAGGGGAAGCUCUGGGUGGCCUGUUACAAUGGAGGAAGAGUGAUUCGUUUAGAUCCUGAGACAGGGAAAAGACUCCAAACUGUGAAGUUGCCUGUUGAUAAAACAACAUCAUGCUGCUUCGGAGGGAAGGACUACUCUGAAAUGUACGUGACAUGUGCCCGGGAUGGAAUGGACGCGGAGAAGCUUCUGCAACAGCCUCAGGCUGGUGGGAUCUUCAAGAUAACUGGCCUGGGAGUCAAAGGAAUUCCUCCCUAUCCCUACGCAGGAUGAAGACACAGAAAAUUCUAGAGCUGAAAUUUCUAUGUUUACCAAAAAAAUAAAAGAUGUGAUUAACAGGGCUAACUUUUUAUUUACAAUUUUUUUAAGGUAGAGCAUUUUAGUAAGGGGUGACAGGUAGUUUUGAUAACACUACAAGGCCUUCUGAAAAGGUAUUAUAGAAAUGUAGAGAAUUGUUCAACUGUAAAUUAACCUCUUGAUUCUUUGCAAAUAGCUAGAAGCGGAGUGGGGAGGGACCCUAUCUGUUCUGUAUUCCUUACUUGUUAUACCUAAAGCUUCAAAAAAUUAAUAAAUACUGGCCUGGUAAUGA